AUGGUUACCAGGACAACGCUAGCCCUUUCCCCUCCCGAGUCCCUGUGUCGUGCCUCUCCUGGUAGCACCUUACUGCUGGGUAUGAAGAGGUUGUCUGUGCAGCUGGUGGACUGCAGGAAAACAACGGGGCUGAGUGGAACUGUGAGAGGAGGAGAAGAGAUGAAAGGAUCAGAUUUGACGCACCAAAGAGAAAGACCAGACUCAGAGGAACCAGAGCCAGGGACGUCCAAACCAGCAAGACGACACCAGUGCUCCCACUGUGGAAAGCGUUUUAACCAGAAAGCACACCUGAAAGCUCAUGAGAGAAUACACACAGGGGAGAAGCCUUACCACUGCUCCCAGUGUGGAAAGUGUUUCAAACGGCCUUUUCAUCUGAAACAGCAUGAGAGAAUACACACAGGAGAGAAGCCUUACCACUGCUCCCAAUGUGGAAAGUGUUUCAACAAGAGAGGACUCCUGAAACGGCACGAGAGCGUACACACAGGAGAGAAGCCUUACCACUGCUCCCUAUGUGGAAAGCGUUUCAACCAGUCGGGGGAGCUGAAAAAGCAUGAGAGAAUACACACGGGGGAGAAGCCUUACCACUGCUCCCAGUGUGGAAAGUGUUUCAGCCUUUCAGGGACGCUGAAACGACAUGAGAGAAUACACACAGGAGAGAAGCCUUACUACUGCUCCCAAUGUGGACAGGGUUGUAGUGCGUUAUGGCACCUGAAACAACACGAGAGAACACACACGGGGGAGAAGCUUUACCACUGCUCCCAGUGUGGAAAGUGUUUCAGCCAAUCAGGGACGCUGAAACGACAUGAGAGAAUACACACAGUGGAGAAGCCUUACCACUUCUCCCAGGGUGCAAAGCUUUUGCCCAUUUAGGAAGCCUGAAAGAACACAUUAAACUGCACACAGAGGAGAAGGCUUAGAAAAGCUCAGACUGUGGGAAAACAUAUUACUCAUAACAGUCAUUUAAACGUCAUUAGAGAAUCCACACAGGAGAGAGAAAUUACUUCUCUUAGCGUGUAUGUUGAUAUUUCACAUCACAUUGACUUAAAAUUCAUCAGAGAACAUACACAGUGCUCCCGUUGUCUUAUAUUGUUGACUGACAAUGUGUUUACCUGUCUUUACCAGAUGAAAUGAAAUGGUACAGGGUAUACUCAAACAUAUAUUUGUUUGUUUUUAUUAGAAAACAUGAAUUGAAUAUGGAGUCUGUCAGUUUGAAUAUAAAGGAGAUCAGGUUCCUUCUUUUAAAUUGUCCUUUUUUUUAAACGCUUUGUGUGUGUUUAACUGGGUGUGUCAUUCCUCCAGCACUACAGAUAAUCAAGUGAUAUUUGGAUGUGAUGCAUUAGUUCCAUUGUUGACAUUUGCAUUGUUGGCCCACUGAUUAUUUAAUUAAAUGAAAAUGUUCAGACUCUGUAAUGGAAAAUGUUAAUUGUUUGUGUGUCCACAUAACUGAGUAUGUGACUAACCUUGUGAAACUGUCCUAUUAUAAUCUCCUGUUCUUGGGACUAUCAUUAUGUGUUGCAAACCAGCUGCACCUGCACCUGCAUCCUUGUAUGAAUAAAGUCCCUCCCAGGAACAGGAAACUAUAAAGAUAUGUGCUAAUCACUCAAUGCUUCAGUAAUUCAGACUGUCUCCACUGCGCUGUGUAACUCUGUUAUUCUCUCUGAGCUCAGAAAUAAAGAAUCUUGGUUUGA